UCUCUCUCUCUCUUUCUCUCUUUCUCUCUUUCCUCUUGGAUUGGAUGUAGUUAUCAGCUUCAAGCUCCUGCUUUGGAUUUCCUGCAACAAUGAACUCCAACCCGGAACUAUGGGCUGGUUGGGUUCCAAAUUCAGUGAGUUCAUAUCGCCAUCUAGUGUUCAAAACAGGAUUGUCCUCACAACAGCGGAGACAAGGCAAGGCUGCAAAAGAUUUUGUGUGCUGUGGCUUCUUGCCUUUGCUGGCACAAAAAUAAGUCUGUCCACACUCUGGCAACCCUUCUUCCAGAAGUCUUGGUCCACCAGUGACAAAACUUCCCUUUACGACAAGAAGCUGCAAGGCUUCAUCGUAAGAACCAUGCUAGCACCACCCACCAGCAAGCUCCAGGACCUCAGCAGCAAGGUGCCCCAGAACUACAACACCAUAUCCUUCAGCAGGGCACCCCCUGUCCAUGGCUCAAGUGCAUGUCUUCAAGUGUCUGGAUGUGGCCUACAGGAGAACCAUAGCCCAACUCUCUUCAAGUGAAACAUCAGAGGCAUUUCAGCUAGCCUGCACAUCUUCGCCUCCAGUCUGGUCAAUAGAGUAUUCACUUCUACCUAUACCCUGCUGUAUGUCUUCCUGAUUGCACUACCAGUUUUCUAGAAACUUCCAUUGUUUGUUUUGUUGUGUUGUUUGUUUUGGUUGUUUGCUGCUUUGGUAUUUUGUUUGUUUGUUUUGUUUUAACAGGAUCUCACUGUGUAUUCCAGGCUGGCUAAGAGUACCCUAUGGAGACCAGGAUGGCCUCCAGAUGGGAUGCAUCAGCCUUGUCUCAGCCUUCCAGAGAAGAAGUAUAAAUCUUUCAAAAAAAAUCUUGAUCUUACAGCUUUACUGCGGUGUAAAUUCUAGGGGCAGGGUGUUAAGGCUUUGGGGUGUUACUUUGUACUCAAGUGUGAACCAGAUGUAUCAGAAGAGCUUCCUUACAAUGCGGCAUCCCAGGAUUCAAACCAGGGUGUGCUGGGUAGGUUUACAUCAACUUAAAGCCAGCUGGAGUCAUUUUGGAAUAGCAAACCUCAAUUGAGAAAAUGCCCCAACAGAUCAGCCUGUGGCCAAGCCUGUGGUGCAUUUUCUUGAUUGAUGACUGAUGUGGGAGGACCCAGCUCCCUGUGGGUGGUGCCUCCACUGGGCUCUGAUCCUGGGUGCUAUAAGAAAACACAAGGAGCAAGCCAGUGAAUGGCACUCCUCCACACCCUUGCAUCAGCUCCUGCUUCCAGUUUCCAGCCUUGCUUGGAUUCUUUCCCUGAUUUCCUUAAAUGGUGAACUGUGAUGUGGAAGUGAAAAAUGAAUAAACCAUUCUCUCUUUAAGUUA